AUGACUGUUCUCUCGCCCUCGCGGACCUCCAGCACAUCCUCCUCUCCUCACGUUUCAUCUCCAAUCCGCAAGAAGAGGAAGGCAGAAAGCCUUACCUCUCUGUCCGAUGGCAAAACAGAUAUUGGACCGCCAGAAAGCUCUCUUCCGGCCAGUGAUCGUCGACUCUAUAUCGCCGAACUAUUCGACGAGAACAUCAUCGCAAAGAUCUUCCGGACAGCUUCCACGUCGCUGAACGACCCCAGCAUAUUCACCAAGCCGGACGGCGUACCACUAGGGUAUCCAGAGACGGUCCCCCAGACCGGUUCCAACGCAGGGCGAUAUGAGUUCCGGGACCCGGAGUUCUGGACUUGCGGGUUCUUUCCCGGGUCUCUCUAUGCCCUGCUAGAGAGGACAACCAAGUAUCCCCAUCGAGCUCUGAUUGAUACCAGUCUGUUCAGACCGAACCUGCAAGACGUUCGUUCCCAGCUACGUCUUCUGAGUAAAGGAUGGUCCAAGUCGCUGCAUAGCAUGGCAUUCCGGACAGACACGCACGAUAUCGGAUUCAUCGUCAUGCCCGCACUGAAGAGGGACUGGGAAAUGAUGGGAAACGAGCAGAGUCUGCGUUCAAUUAUUCAAGCAGCACGGAGUCUCGCAACAAGAUACGUGGCCUCGGCUGGGACAAUCAGGAGCUGGGACUGUCUAGUGAAGAAGGAGAUCACGGUGAUAGACCAGACGGAGAACGUGCUCGUCAUUAUCGAUAGUCUGUGCAACUUGGAUCUGCUUUACUAUGCCUCGGCGCAUUCGGGGGAUAGAAAUCUGGCGGAGCUGGCGACGGCUCAUGCUCGUACUCUACUUCGAACGCAUCUCCGUCGUGAACAUUCCAUCUCUGUCCCUAAGAACGGGUAUCAGGGGCAACUGUACUCGACGUGCCAUGUCGCGAAUAUUGAUCCCGCAACGGGCGGUUUGAAGUGGCGUUGGACGGCGCAGGGGUAUGAAAACGACUCGACUUGGGCCCGGGGCCAGGCGUGGGCGAUUCUAGGCUACGCGCAGGUGUAUAUGUGGACCAAGGAGACUACUUUCCUAGACGCUGCUUGUGGCUGCGCGGAGUACUUUCUGCAUAGACUAGCCACGUCGCCGGCUUGUGUUGAGAUUGACGUGGCCGAGUCGCAGGGCCUGUUUCCUACGAGAAGGACGAAGGGAAGGCAUGUUCCUCUGUGGGACUUUGAUGCACCGGUUGACGCGGAAGACCCGCUGCGAGACUCCUCUGCUGGUGUCAUUGCCGCCAAUGGGAUGCUCGUUAUAUUUCAGAGUCUUGUCAGUCUUGGGCAGGAUGCUCUAGCCAGGAGAUUUCUCAACGCUGCUCUCGAGAUUGUCCAGGACACUAUUGACCUCUGUCUCGCUAAAGAGAAGGCUCAGUUUGUAACUGAUGGCAAGAGCAUUACCGUCGAGGAUAGCACUCCUGGAUUCAUCUUCGAGUCUAUUCUCAGGACAGGGUGGGAGCUUUAA